CCUCAAUUCAAUUCAGUCAAUUCCUUACAUACUCAUCCAAUUUACAAAUCAAAGAGACUACAAUACAUUCCACCAAAGUGGCCACCAAACGCCUCACCACCCUCUUGUCCCACCUCUCCCACCUCCCCAACAACCCCUCCAAUCCAGCACCCCCCAGAACGUCCUCCAAAAUGUCCUCCACCAGCAAACCCACCACCGCCGCACCCUGGCGCACCCCCCUCGAAUCAAACCUAACAGCCCACUCCACAACCUCCUUCACCCUCUCAACCGCAACGCUCGACCCAAAAACACACCUUCCCACCCCCCGCUCCCGCACCUGCGAACUCCGCGGCUUCUUCCCCACCCCGCCGCUCCACCCCUCCGCGCUGCAGGCCCUCCGCGCGCAAAACGUGCCCCUCAACCCGGCGCUUUACGAGGGCGACCUGCUCUCGCUCACGACGGAUGCGCGUAUGGAGAAGACGGCGCAAUUGCGCGAGUCUGGUGGGGCCGUUGAGGCGGUGUUUUGGGUGAAGGGCGCGAUGGUGCAGUGGCGGGUGAGGGGGUGUGCUUUUGCGAUUGGGGGUGGGGGGGAGGAGGAGGGUGUUGCGAGGGAGAGGAUUAUGGGUCGUUUGAGGAGGGUGACGGAGACGACGGGGGAUGAUAAGGAUUGGGAUUGGGAGAGGCUGGUGACGGCUUAUUUUGCGAAUAUGUCGCCUGUUAUGCGUGGCACAUUCACAGCACCACCCCCAGGACAGCCCCGUUCUCAAGUCCCCGCCAACCCAAACUACAAAAUGGGCGAGCCACUCGAGGACCUGCGCGAUCCAGUAGCGAGGGCUAAUUUCCGCGUCGUGGUUAUCUUGCCGGACGAGGUAGAGCGGUUGGAUCUGUCGGAUAAUGCGAAUGUUACGCGGCGGCAGUGGACGCUGGGCCCUGAGAAUGGGGAGUGGGUUGAGGAGGAAUUGUGGCCUUGAUUUGGCUUGUGUUGGUGUGAUGUUUUUUAUGGGAUUGGUUGGUAUAUAUGGUUUGAUUUACUAGAUACUGUUUAUCGAUGAGGUAGAUGUGGUGUUAAUCUGAGGGCUGCAUAAUAUCAUUUAUAAUUAUAUAUCUCCGUAUAAU